GAUCAGAAUGGGGUAGCGUAGGCUGCUAUGAGAUCACUUGGAUGCUGUGGUCCAGACUAGAGGGCUAAAUCCAGUACGCAGUCGACACUGAUCUACCGAACAUUUAGCAACAAUUUUCUCCCAUCGUUCAUACGAGAAUAACAAUCAAUACCAGAGGCAAGACGAUCUCCACAAUGGGAAUAAAGCUGCAGUUGAUGGUGAUUGUUGUGCUCGUGGGGGCACUCAUCACUGAUAUAUCAGCAGAAAGGAGAAGAAAGAGUCGUCGCCGGACAACGACAACAGAAUCUCCGUUUCAGCAGGAAGUGAUGAACAUGCUGGAGGCAGACGAGGCUGUAGAGAGCGAAAGUGUAGAGUCAUUGCAGAAGAAGAAGGAGCCAAUGUUAGUUGAUCCAUGCAUGGAGAAGCACUGUGGAGCUGGACGUAUUUGCAAGUCAACUGAAAUGGGUACAGCUGAGUGUGUAUGUGUGGAGUCGUGUGACGAGGAGAUUGAUCCCAGGCGAAAGGUCUGCACAAAUUAUAAUGAAACCUUUGGAAGUGACUGUGAGGUUUAUCAGGCUCGAUGUUUCUGCGAUACUAGUGACUCUAGAUGCCGUGGAGUAGAGUAUCAGCAUGUCCAUAUUGAAUAUUAUGGAGAAUGUCGUCAGAUGCCGAUGUGCAAAGAGGACGAUAUGCUCGAUUUUCCCAGGCGUAUGCGAGACUGGCUCUUCAAUAUAAUGCGCGAUUUAGCAGAUCGUCAGGAGCUACCGUCUCACUACCUAAAAAUGCAGCGUGAAGCCGAGACUAAUUUUACUCUACGCUGGACUAAUGCCGCUAUCUGGAAAUGGUGCGAUCUUGAUGGACAUCCACACGAUCGCGCCAUUUCACGUCACGAACUCUUUCCCAUUCGUGCACCCCUCAUGGCUUUGGAGCACUGUAUUGCGCCGUUCUUGGACGGUUGUGAUGCUGAUAAUGAUCAUAAAAUAACCCUCGUUGAGUGGGGAAAAUGUCUUCAAUUGGAAGAGGGGGAUUUGGAUGAUAAAUGCGAUGAGAUUGUAGGGACUAAUCUUGAUUAGAACAUCCUCUGAGGAUCGUAAUGGAACAAUAAUAGUGACUAAAAAAAAAGAAGAUGAAUUACAUUAAUUUUAGGAGGAGUUUGUUGUCAAGAAUAUUCCAUUGAAUGAAAUUUGAGUAUUUUUUUUUUGUUUAUAAUUUUUGUUUCUAUAGAUUCUUCAGUUUUUCGAAAUCAAAAAUUUUCACCCAUAAUUGAUCUCAAAGAAAAAUUAAUUAGAACGGUGGCAAGUCUGCUCGAUUUUACUCAAAAAUCCAUAAGUAUUCAGUAAAGACCUUGAAAAAUAAUGUAAUCUGCAAACUUUAGAUCAUAACCUUUUUUAUUGCAUUUAAAGCGCCCUGUAAAAAGUUUAUUAUAAAAAUUUUACUCCUGCCAUUAAAUUCGGAGAUAUUCUUGGAAAAUUUAGCAGGAAACGACGUCCAUAUAAACAUCUUUUACCAGCUGUUUUGCCGUCUUCGUCAGUAACAUUGUUCACGUUAAUAAUCAUGCAGUCCAUGGAAUAUUGAAGUUUUUCAUCUUUAGACAAAAUCCCAAUUUUUCAUUCAACUCCGUACUGGAUAUAAUUGACAUAUAUAGUCUUGGUUUUUUUCCUCGUUAAUAUCUAAUGGUUUUUAUUAUUCAGCAGUUAUUUCUGUUAAUAAAGAGUAACAAGAAGAACAA